AAACCCUAAUCCUCCAAAUCCCCAAUUUUAAUUGGUUCUCCACUUCUACUGCGUUCAAUUGGCAAGGGGCUAAACUCUGACUCUCCGAGCGUUCGACUGGCGACGGGCGGCGACCGGCAGUGGCGAGUGGCGACACACCAGCAGUGAGUUAAUGACAGUUUUUGUAGAAUCAUAUGCAUCUGCCCGUGGAUGAGUAAAUGGAGAAGAAGACGACAAUGCAAUCAAACCCUAGCUCUAAGAGUAGCAUGAGAUGUCCCCAUUGUGCUGGUCCUCUUUCCAAUGAAAUGGAGACUAGCGAGUGGACAGUUCCACCUUUGAUCAGAGACAGCUUUUCUAUGAUUGGUACUGCUGUUGGCGGCACAACAAGUGCGUUUUAUGGCUUCAACCAUGUGAUGCCUGUUGUUCGAAGAUGGAUUAAAGGCCCCAUGUGGUUACAUUUCCUUGUUGGGGCUCCACCCGUUAUUGUUUUCUCAUCGGCAUGUGCAGGAUUGGCAGGUGGCGCUGUUCCGGCACUUGCACAACUUGCAUCAUCUUCGUACCAUGCUGCCAUCUCAUCUUCCGCAUUGCAGCCUUCAUCCUCGCAGGACGAGAAGAUUAACAAGUCCCGACCAUCCUCCACUCUAAAACAUUGAAAGAGUGAUAGAUAAGACGCAAAGGACUUUUUCGCGCGUCAGUCUCCGGACAAUCUUGCCCACUAUCAAUGCAGCCAGCUAUAGCCUAUAGGGUUUCCAUUGCAUCAGAUGUCGUCUGCUCCAUUUACGUGGUGGACCGAGCUCGCAAGACGCUUUAUGUUGGUAUCUAAUUUUGUUUUAGGUAUUAUUCUGAGUUUUGCAGUCAUAAAAAGAAUGCAUAGUGAUGCUUUUUUAUGGGACCAGCAAGUUGUGUGUAGAUGUAAAUUGCAACCACAGGUUUUAAGCUAUAGUUGUGAUUUAAUUAUAA